CUGAGCAGGGCCGGCUCCUGCCCCUCGGCCGCUCUCCUCGCCUCUGCCAGGCCGCGCCGCGUUCUCCCCGGUGAAGGCUGUGUGGCGGCCGCGUCCUCCCGCCGCGGUGGUUGGCGCUCGGGCCGCCCUCAGCCCCGUUCCCCUGCGGCAGCGGCUGCUUGGACCCCGCUACCGGCCCCCCGCCCGCCCUGCUCCGCCUCCGUGCCUGCCCGCGGUGCCGCCUUGUCGCCGGUUCUCGGUGCAGAGCCCGCCCUCCCCUCGGUGCCCGGUCUUGUCUUUUGGGGCCCGACCCUUCCUCCAUCCCCCUUCUCCGUGCUGCACCUGGAGCCUGAGCUUUGCCUAGGCAAGACCGAGGGGAACUUGAAGUGGCAGUUUAACCGUAAAUAACGACUGUGCUGCUGGGGUUCCUCUUGGUCGGGAGCAGCUCAGCGUGUCUGGCAAAGAGAUGUGGUUUCUUCAUUUUAAAGCCUGGUAAUUUAAGUGAUUUUCUAGCAUGGACACUGUUGCUAGCCAUAGUUGUCAUCUUCUCCAGCAGCUACAUGAACAGCGCAUUCAGGGUCUUCUCUGUGACUGCAUGUUGGUGGUAAAAGGUGUCUGCUUCAAAGCACACAAAAAUGUGUUAGCAGCUUUCAGUCAAUAUUUCAGGACCCUUUUCCAGAAUUCUUCAGGCCAGAAGAAUGAUGUCUUUCACUUGGACAUUAAAAAUGUAGGUGGGAUAGGCCAGAUCUUGGACUUCAUGUACACCUCUCACCUGGAUCUUAGCCAGGACAAUGUACAAGCUAUGUUAGAUAUUGCACAGUGUCUCCAAGUGCAAAAUGUGCUGAACAUUUGCCACACCUUUUUAAAAUCUUCUACAGCUGUAGAGCAAACAGCCAGCAUGCCUUGUAAUAGUGUAUUUUCGCUGCAGAAUACUAUGACUGCAGAUACUAGCUGUGCCAAUGACAGUUACGGGACAAACCUGUUGCAUGAAUGCUCAUCUGACACACAAAGUAAUAAAGUCUUGGCUGACCACCAUUCUCAUGCAUCGCAGUCUGUCAAUCUUCAUGCACCCUCAGGUGAUGUACAGAAACAACCACAGGACUCCUUAGAUGGCAACUGCACAGAACUUCCAUUUAAACAACCAAAUUACUAUUAUAAACUACGCAACUUUUACAGUAAACAGUUCUAUAAGCAAAAUGCUUGCUCUAAUCACGAGAGAGGAGCAGAACAAUCCUUUUCUUACAACGCGUCUACAGAAAUAAACACAGUAGAGAAUAAUUCUUGUACUGUCAAUCACUCUGAGUGUAUUCUGGAAACCUCUGAUCAUUUACCAUCCAACUUUCUGGUUCAAUCCUUGAAUGAAGCUGCUCCAGACCAAGAUGCAAAAAGCAUGCUUAUGCAGCCCACCAAACAGAUGCGGCUGAAAAAGGCAAUACACCUCAAAAAGUUAAAUUUUCUAAGAUCUCAGAAAUCUGCACAGCAGCCGCCUGAGCCUAAAAGAGAUGACAGUAGAAUAACAGGAGUAAUUGAAUCUGUAAAUGAAAGUACCACACACAUGACAAAUGUUAGAGUUACUGAAGAAAAAGAAGCUGAAGAUUUAGUGAAUUCUGAGAAUUUUGAACAAACUGUUGAAAUUGAAAGAUCUCAAGGUCCUUUGGAACAAGAGGGGCAAUCACAGACUCUUCAGUCGCAGAGGCAAUAUACUUGUGAAUUAUGUGGGAAGGCUUUCAAACAUCCAAGCAAUUUGGAGCUCCAUAAAAGGUCUCAUACAGGAAACAUCUCAAAAAACCCGAAAACCCAACCCAGUGGAAAGAGCUCUUGGCAGGAUGGGAAGCAACAGGAGCAAAGUUACACCCUCGUAGUGUUGAACAAGAAGGAUGCAACAGAAAACACAAGCCUGUCUAAGGGUUCAAAAGUAAAGUCCCCUGGAUGUUUGUGUGAGAAACCUUUUGAGUGUAACAUUUGUGGGAAACACUUCUCACAGGCAGGUAAUCUCCAGACACAUUUACGUCGACAUUCUGGUGAAAAGCCAUACAUUUGUGAAAUCUGUGGGAAAAGAUUUGCUGCUUCUGGUGAUGUUCAGCGUCAUAUUAUUAUUCAUUCUGGAGAAAAGCCUCAUCUGUGUGAUAUCUGUGGCAGAGGAUUUAGUAACUUCAGUAAUUUAAAGGAGCACAAAAAGACCCAUACAGCAGAUAAAGUAUUCACCUGUGACGAAUGUGGGAAGUCAUUCAACAUGCAACGAAAAUUAGUAAAGCACAGAAUUAGACAUACUGGAGAGAGACCAUACAGCUGUUCAGCAUGUGGGAAAUGUUUUGCAGGCUCUGGUGACCUGCGUAGACAUGUGAGGACUCACACAGGAGAAAAACCCUAUACCUGUGAAACUUGUAACAAAUGCUUCACUCGCUCUGCUGUUCUACGGCGGCACAAGAAAAUGCAUUGUAAAGCCACUGAUGAAGGUCCAAACACGCUAGAUGAAUUUACUCAAGGGAUUGAAACUUCUGACCUUGACAAAUCUCAGAGUUCUGACUCUUUUGGCCAAGAAAUGUCUGUUACAUUAUUACCAGUGUCCGUUAAAUUUCCCAUUCGUCCAGCUUCAAAUUCAACUGAAUUUGAUAGUUCUGCGGAUUCUUACUGUAAGCUGCGAUCAAUGAUUCAACACCAUGACUCAGCAAACCAACAGAAACUGAAUGUCGAUUCUGCUAAACUCCCAAAAGCUCAGACACAGCAAACUCCACCACCAUAUGCUUAUGCAGAUGUAGAUGUAUCUUCUGCAGAAGAACCCUUACAGCCUGAUAAUAUUCCUAUGAUUCGUUCCUCUAUGGUUAGCUUGGACAGUCAUUGCAAUGAUCCGCUAGGCAGUCGAACAUCAUCUGCUGCAUACAAGAAUAAUGAAGGACCGUUCUUCUCCAGCAUGACCCUCUGGGGUUUAGCCAUGAAGACCUUGCAGAAUGAAAGCGAAUUGGAACAAUGAGGGCUCAGGUGACUGUAUCAAAACUUCUUAGAGGCAUUUCAUGCUAAAGUGAUUGCGAUUGCACUGCAGCAUAGCGAGAUCAGAGCUAGGUUUUAAGCCAACUAGCUUGGAUACUGGUAGAAAUAAAGAUAAGCAUGCCCAGAACCCAGUGUAGGCUGCCUUUACACUGCUGCUCAGCAAAGUUCAAAUUUAGCUUCAAGGACCUUUGUUGUUCUGUGACUACACUGUGUAGCUUAUGUGUUGCCAGGAUUUACUAAAAUUUACCAUUUACUAAAUUUACCAUUUAACUUGGUAUUUUUUACCUGAUAAUGGAGGAGAGGAUGGCCCAAUGUCUAAUUUCAUGAUAUGGGUGCAAUUCAAGUAUGGGUCAUCAGAGUUGUGUAAGGGUGUAGAUAUGAAAAGAGGACAAUAUUUAACAAAUCUCUAGUGAACCUGAGUUUCAGUAGUGGCUUUCUUACCAGUAGGAUCAUCAGUUUACAUGACUUGAGUAUUGUGAUAUUAAAUUUAAAUGUUAAAUAUUGGACAAUAUUUGUGAUAGUGCAAAGUAACUGUAUAUCUAGAAACUUUAUUUUUUUACAAUAAAAGCUUUUUUUAGUAUUUUAUAAACUAUUUUGCACAGCAGAUUAUUUGUACAACAAAGACCAAGAUCAGGAAAUGUGAAUAAA